AGCGACGCGCCAGAUUUGGAAUGGCGGCAAUUGAAAAUAGAAGCUUGAACUAUGCAAACGUCUAUUAUUUAUCAGUGGCGACGAGGAUAACGGAACGAUAUUCGGUGCAGAAUAAAGUCUUAAAUUAUUGUGGUAUAGUGCUUUGGGGGUGAUUAAAAAUGUCUGUUGGGAAAGUUCGAGAUUUUGACAUAAAAAAUGGGAAUUGGUCGGCGUACGUCGAUCGUCUCGAAAUGUAUUUUGUUGCUAACAAAAUAGCGGAAGAUUUGAAGUUACCAACAUUAAUAGCUCUUAUCGGCGAACCGGCUUAUGAGUUACUGUCUACUUUGGCGAGCCCGAGAAAACCAUCAACCCUGAAAUAUAAAGAAGCGGUGGAAUUACUGCAAGCACAUCUACAGCGAAACCAUCAAUUCUCGCGGAGAGGUAUAGGUUCCGACAAAGACGCCAAUCAGCGGGAGAAACGAUAGCUGAUUACGUGGCAGAUUUGAAAAAGAUGUCACGUUAUUGUGAAUUCAAGAUCAAUUUAGAAGAAAAUUUGAGGGAUCAGUUUGUGUGCGGGUUACGUAGCGAAUAUAUACGUCAGAGGUUAUUCGCGGAAGAUAACAUAGAUUAUCAAAAAGCGCUAGUAUUAGCCAAUACUCUGGAGGCAGCUGAGCGGGACGCCGGGGCCGUAGAGGGAACGCAGGAACAAACUACCAGCCGGGAACUAAGCGAGAGAAUACACAAGUUGGAACUCAAUAAAUGUUCAGCCUGCGGGGUCAACGGUCAUGGGGCACAUAACUGUAGGUACAAGGAGUUCGAAUGUAGUUAUUGUGGACAACCUGGCCAUUUACGAAGAGUUUGUAGAAAAAAAGAAUUUGAUCGUCGCAUAAAAUCUACGAUUUCAAACCGCGGGAAUAAUGGCGCGCGAGGAAGGUCACGUAGAGGACGCGUGAUCGGGUCGAGCGCCUACGGAGCGGGUGUAUGGCGGAGCGGCAACAUGGCGCGCGGGGGGCGCAGCAACGCUCGCACCGCACGCAGCAACGACGUUACCGACGCGGCGUACUGGCUGAGCGAGCCAGCGAUGGAUGACAACUCCGGCUCGGAGCAAGACGUUGAGGGUACAAACGAGGAACCGAUGUAUCAAAUGUCACUAACCAACUAUAAACCGACAUGACAACCUAUUCGAUGGCACGUUGGGCAAAUAUACCGGUGAAGAAGUCAAGUUAUGCGUGCGGGAUGGGACCGAGCCAGUAUUUUGUCGAGCGCGCCCCGUGCCUUAUGCAUUGCUGGCGCGGGUCAAUGCUGAGUUAGACGCGAUGCUGCGCGCCGGCGUCAUCGAGCCCGUUGAACGGUCCGACUGGGCCACACCGCUAGUUAUAGCGAGGAAGGGAGACGGUGGAAUACGCUUAUGCGCGGAUUAUAAGGUGACACUUAACAAGGCUUUACUGGUUGACAGGUACCCGGUCCCGAAGGUAGAGGACUUAUUUAGUAAUUUGAGUGGCAAUCAUUAUUUACUAAGCUAGAUUUGUCACAGGCUUACAAUCAAUUAAUUUUGGAUGAAACUUCUCGGAACUACACAGUAAUUAAUACACACAGAGGACUUUUUAAAUACAAUCGCCUCGUUUAUGGUCUCUCUUCCAGUCCGGGCAUUUUUCAAAAGUUCAUGAUGAAUCUCUUUAAAAACGUGCAGGACGUAGUCAUAUUCUAUGAUGAUAUUUUAAUAAAGAAUAAGUCAUUAGAAUCUCAUUUAGAAAGAGUUGAACAGGUUUUUAGUAUUUUAGAGAGGAAUGGGUUGAAAAUAAAAAAAGAAAAGUGUGAGUUUAUGGUAGGCCAAGUAAAAUAUUUAGGAUUCAUAAUUGAUAAACAUGGCGUACGGGUAGAUGCAAAUAAAAUAAAACCGAUCCUAUCUAUGCCCGACCCAACUAACGUCUCAGAGUUGAAGUCUUUUCUCGGUAUGGUUAAUUUCUAUGGAAAA